GAGAGAGACACACACACACACACACACACACACAUACAUACAUACACACACACAUACAUACACACACACACACACACACACACACACACACUCACACACACACACACACACACACAAGUGAAUGGCCCCAGACCUGGAUGCACAGCUUUAAAAUCAGGAGCAGGAUCUGACUUUUGGAUGAUUUUGGGAGGAGAGUGUGGUGGAAUAUAACAAUAACUUUCACUGGAAGUUUUCGCUUACUUGGGAGAGAAGGACAAGGAGCACUCGCAGAGUGUCCGUGCCUGUUGCAGAGCUGUGGUUCAGGGAGGUCCAGAUGGCAGGCAUGAGGGGCCCGGCCUGCACUGGAGUCUGGCUCUAGAGUCCACCGAGGGCUCCCACUUUAACUGGACACAUUCCACAGGACGUGUGCCCAUGAGGUCGUCACCACUGGUCCUGGUCCUCCUGAUCGGCGUCCAGGCUGUACUGAACAUGGGCGGUGGAUUGGCCCAGAGCGCUGGCUUAGCCAACCACAAAGCAGGACAGCAGACAGUAGCCAAUCACCAGGUAGGACAGCAGCGCGAGACUGCGGCGGCGGCGCAGCAUGCUGAAUUUCACAGGACCGGCCACCGCAGGACCAAGCGGCGUCAUCGGGCAGCCUCGCACACUUCUGACCCCUCAGUCCCGGGGGUGGACCCCAAGCUCUUCUCCAAGAAACGGUACCGUUCCUCGCCGCGAGUCGUCUUCAGCGAGGUUCCGCCCUCGCACGACGCCCUGGAGGGUGAGGGAUAUGACGCUGAAGGGGUGAGGGGGCUACGGGUGAGGCGCCGAGUGGGGUCGCACACCAUGCACAGAGGAGAGUACUCGGUGUGCGACAGCAUCAACACCUGGGUGGGCAACAUGACCCAGGCCACGGACAUCACCGGGAAUGAGGUGACCGUUCUCCCCAACGUCACAAUCAACAACGUGGUGAAGAAGCAGUUCUUCUACGAGACCACCUGCCGGACCCCAACGCGCAGGGGCUCGGGAACAGUCAACAGAGGAAGGAUGGGGGGACGAGGUGGCAAACAGGGCUCCAAAGCGACCAGCUCGGGCUGUCUCGGCAUCGACAGUCGCCACUGGAACUCGUACUGCACCAACACACACAUAUUCGUAAGCGCCCUCACCAUCUUCAAGGAACGGACAGCCUGGCGUUUCAUCCGCAUCAACGCCGCAUGCGUGUGCGUCCUCAGCAGGAAGUCUUGGGCGGGGCGACUCGGACACUGAUUGCGAAACACGUGCACACACAUUUCUCCCAAACCACCACUACAGCUUUAUUGCCAAUACUGUACUGUAAUCCUCGACCCCGCCUACACACACACACACACACACACACACACACACACAGGACUUCGUCGUUCCGGCCCCUAUGGCGCCCCCACCCCUCACCCUACCUCAGCCCAAGAAGUCCUGGUCUGGACUGCAUGUUAUAUUUAUGGUUUAUACAGUAAAAUAUGAAAUUAUACAACAUGUGUAUAUGUGUGUGUAUAUACAUGUAUAUAUGCACACACCAAACGAGUUCAAGCUUUUAUUGUUGUCAUUGUUGUUGUGUUGUUGUUCUUAUUGUUAUUUAUUCAACACAUCUGUACUUGCCUGGUUUGUUUUGUCCAUUUUAAAUAUGCACAUUCAGAAUUUUUACAUGAAUUGUGGCUAAAAAGAAAUGACCAACUCUACAGUUGUAUUAUUGACGUCCUGUGCUCUUUUUUUCACUCUGAUAAUCAGAUUGUUGUUUAAUAAUAAUGUUUGGAUGCUACCCGUCCGAAAGCAACCAGUAUACAGUACAUACUGUAUAUCAAUUUAGUGACUGUGUAAUGAUGUGCUGAAGCCAUUGUUCAACUCAGUUCUAUCAAUUGAGUACAAAUAUAACAGUUUUAUUAACAGUUUCAAUACAUUUUACUGUCUAGCUUCACUAAUGUAAAUUGCACCUUAAGUUUAAAUGUUUCCAAAUGUUGCGGUUUCAUCACUGAUAGAAGCACACGAUCCUCAUUUCUAGAAAAGAGACCCACAAAAGGUUCUCAUAAAAAAUGUAUUUUUUUAUUCCAUUUUUUUCCUUCAAAUAGGGUGCUCAGAAGUUUCUUUGGAAAAGGCUCAUUUGGACUGAUUACGUUUUAAAACUGCAAAACUUGU